AUUCGGGCAACCCUCAAAUAACCAAUAUGGCGGCUCCCGGUGGAAAGUCGGUGUUAUUCGUGUGCUUGGGGAAUAUUUGCAGAUCCCCAAUCGCUGAAGCUGUUUUCAGGAAGAUGGCCGCAGACAGUGGGGUGGUGGACAAGUGGGUUAUAGACUCUGGUGCCACCUCAGAUUGGAAUACUGGCAGCGCUCCUGACGCCCGUGGUCUGGCCUGCCUCAGGAAACAUGGCAUAGAGACAGAUCACAGGGCACGACAGGUCACCAAAGAUGACUUCUUGACUUUUGACCACAUCCUCUGCAUGGACGAUAGCAACUUGAGAGAUCUGAACAAGAAGGCAAGCAGCAUAAAAAACAGCAAAGCCAAGAUUGAGCUGCUCGGCUCCUACGAUCCUGAAAAACAGCUUAUUAUCCAAGAUCCGUACUAUGGGAGUGAUAAAGACUUUGAGACGGUGUAUGAACAGUGUACAAGAUGCUGCAAAGUCUUCCUGGAGCAGCACUCAUAACACACACACACACACACAACGACCAUCUUCUGGAACCAUUCGACACCACACCAUGAGAAACUCAAAUAUGAAUAUCUGAUUGAAACGUUCUUUAAGUGUCUUCAACACGCAAGACAAAUGAUAGUAGCGUAUAGAGAAGCACUUAGUCUUAAUUGUAAAAUAAGUUGUCAUAGGAUGCUUGUUUGAGCAGUGGUAAACUGCCUCUGUUGACCACCAAAUUCACCAAAAUAAACCGGCAAAAAAUG